AUGUCGUACGCCUACUAUCAUCAAGCCCCCGGCUGGGGGUCCAAUCAGUUCCAUUUCGGGGCACCACCUGCUCCCACAUUUCAGCCUCAGCCAUCUUGGGGUGGCAUUGAUUAUUACCGUGCCCAUGCCUUGAAUCAGGCUGAUCCUGCUCAUUCAACGAAUUCGCUAUCUCCUUCUACGUCUCCAUCACUCAGACACCUCUUUGAUAAUGCCUGGAAUCGUGUCAGAGAUUUUAGUUCCAAUUCUGGAGGCCUCGGUGUAGGCAUACACGAAGCCCGACAUUGGCACUCUCGUGCCUACGGUGGUUUGGGGACUUUCCAGGGUGAACUCAACCAAAUGCUUCCACAAGAAAUAGGCCACGCUGCUGCUUACGAAGCCUAUCGUACAUGGAUUCACAAUAGCUCCAUUUACGAACCGCUGAGUGGCGACUUUGAAAGGCAACGAGAGGCUCUCAUCGGUCUUGCUGUAGCGGAAUGCUCGCGGUUACUGAGCUAUACCUCCCGCGGCAUGGACAAUUACGCUCGUUCAGCCGCAGCAGACGCUGCAGCGAUGACCGCAUCGAUAAUAUUUUAUUGGGCAAGUCAUCAUUUGUUUUCCUCAUACUUCAACAAUUAA